GACUUUAUCAUGGAAAAUACAGGCCUGUCCAAAGAGUAUUUGACUGGCCUCACUGAUGCUUCGGAGGCUGUUUAGCUUCUAUACUUGAUUUUCAAGGGGGUUUGCUUUAUCAGCCCGAUAACGAAGAAAAAAAACUGGAGCAUCAAAGCUGCAUUGUUCCUGCAAACUCCUUUCUUUCUUCCUUUCCUUCCUCAUUUUUUGCUUUGUUUGGGCUUUAAUUGGCUUUACUCAUUUCAUUUCAUUUCUAUUCCACACUUAUUCACUGUGUAAAAAUGUCUGGGCCAUUCGGCUUGCCGCUUCCCCUGCUCACAGACUCGUACAAAGCGUCGCACGCAGCGCUGUUCCCCGCAGCGCAAAAGGCGGUAGCGUACGCAGAGUUCCGGCACGGGUUUAACAAUGACAGCUCCGACGAGCGCAUGGUGUUCUACGGACUCCAAUACAUCAUCGACCAGUACAUCAACAGGCGAUGGACAGUAGAGGACGUCGAAAUGUCCAAUCACUUCUUCAGCACGCACAACACAGGGCACACGGCGUUCCCGUUCCCCAAGGAGCUGUUCUUAAAGUUCAUCUCGGAGAACAACGGGUAUUUUCCGGUGCGCAUCGAGGCGAUGGCUGAGGGAUCCGUCGUUUACCCGCACACGGUGGUGAUGCAGAUUACGGCGGAGCGCGAGUACUCUGGGCUGACUGCAAUCAACGAGUACUACCGUACCUCUGUGGAUGAGAAUAUGCAGUGGACGCUGGACAGCCGUAUGCAUGACUUUGGGUUUCGCGCGUGCACGUGCGUCGAGCAGUCGAUGCUGGGCGGGGCAGCGCAUCUGCUGAGCUUUGGCGGCACGGAUACGCUUACCGCAGCGUACUACGUGCAGCAGCGGCUGAAUGGCGGGCGUGCGGUGGCGACGAGCAUUCCGGCAACAGAGCAUUCGGUGAUGACGGCGUUUGGGAGCGAGCGGCAGGCGGUGUUGCGACUGCUGGAGGUGUACGGUGACGGCGUGGUGGCGUGCGUCAUGGACUCGUACGACUAUGCGAGGGCGCUGGAGGAGGUCCUGCCGGCGGUGGCCACGGCGAAGCUGGAGCGCGGCGGCCGGCGACCAGUGGAGACGGUGCUUAUGGGCCUGCGGGCGGCUGAGCGCGUGUUUGGGGCGGAUGUCAAUGGGCUCGGGUUCCGCGUUAUCCGCGGCGCUGGCGUCAUCCAGGGCGACGGCGUCACGACCAAGUCGCUGGCGCGCAUUCUGGCGGCAGUGCACGCGGCCGGGUACGCGGCGCAGAACGUCGCGUUUGGCAUGGGUGGCGGGCUGCUGCAGAAGGUCAACCGCGACACGAUGAGCAUGGCGGUCAAGCUGAGCUCAGUCACGUACGCCAGCGGCGAAACCAGAGACAUUAUGAAGUUCCCCAAGGCUGGAUCCGAGAAGGUGUCGCUGCCUGGCUGCUUCUCCGUCCACGCCGAUGCCACCCAGCACGGCGCGCCUGUGGUCGUGUAUGACUGCGGCCCGGUGCCUGGCCACCAAUGGGACUCGUUCGAUGAUGUUCGCCGCCGCGUCGACGAGCAGUGGCGAUGCUUCCCUCCGCGCAUAAAUGCUGUCAGCGCACUGCUGCUUGCGCACCAAAAGGCUGUGCACAUCAGGCAGGCGCAGGACGUCGAUGACGGCGCAGCAUUCGCAUGAUCGUCCUUUGUCUCUUUCUUUUUCUCUUUUUGUCAGGAAUUCAUU